UUGAUCCCCCUCCAUCCUGAUCCCUGCCCUAAUUUCAGGACCUCAAAUUUCAAACAACAGGAAGCAAGAACAGAGGAAAAUCCAUGGAAAUUCAGAGUCCGAUGAAGCUAAAGAGAUUGGUUGUGAUCGGAAGGCAUAAAAAAGACCGAAUCAGUGAUUUACCCGAUGCCAUCCUUCUUCACAUCCUCUCUAUGGUGCCGGACGGAAAACAAGUUGUGCGAACCAGCGUACUGGGUAAACGAUGGAGGUCUCUUUGGAUGUCUGUUCCAAUGUCAAUCGAUUUCAACUUCCCCCAAACUGAAAAUCUAGUCGUCACACUUGAUUACCUGUCGUCCACACUUACAGAACUUCAUUACUGUAAGUCGUGCGAUAAAAUACCCAGAUUUACCGUUGGGGGAUUUAGGUACGAACACUGUUAUGCUAAGUAUGUUGAUUUAUGGGUUAGUUUCGCUACUAAAGUUGCUAAGGUGGAAGAAUUUUUGCUUGGAUUGUUAUCUGUAAAUGAUCAAACUUAUGACUUCCCUUCGUAUGCAUUUAAGAAUUCGUUGCUUAAGGAUUUGGAAUUGAGGAAUUGCCAACUUAACCCUCGUGCUACUGUUGAUUGGACUAAUCUAAGCUCUCUUAAAAUUGGGUAUAUCGAUUUGACAGAUGAUGCUAUGGAAAAGAUAUUAUCUGGUUCCCCGAACUUGAAAAGCUUGGAACUAGAUAAUUUUUCCGGCCUACAACGUCUCGAAAUUAACUCUGUCAAGUUGACACAACUGAUGAUAGAAUCUUAUUACAAUGACAAUGAUGAGAUUUGGCUUGAAAUAGUAGCUCCCCAUCUUCAGCAUUUAGAAGUUUUGGAAUUGUGCAGUGAGAUACGCAUUGGCCAGAGAAAUGUGCCUUCACUUGUCACUGCAAUCUUUCGUUUAAAUUUUAAUUUUGAGAAUGAAGAACAAGACUUGGAGAUGGAAUUUAGCUGUUUGAAGGAACUUCUUCAUAGUGUUGCCCAUGUCCAGAAUCUUGAAUUGGGUACCUGGUGCAUCGAGUGCGUGUCCAUCCUAGAGUUGAAAGGGUGGCGGCCUCCACCAUCAAGCCGGAAAUUCUUAGAACUGAACCUAGCCGUAAUACAAUUGGACUUCCCUGGAAUUUACAGCUUUCUACAGAGCUCAUCGGAUCUUGAGACAUUGAUCAUUGGUUGUUGGUACAAUCACAAUGAAAGAAAUCUGUUGGCAAGGUACACAGAUGAGGAUGAACUGAGCGAGAGGUUUGAGAAGCAUAAUGUUAAAUGCUCAUUUUCACAUCUGAAGACCAUCACGAUCAAUAACUUUUCUGGAUCAUCAAGUGAAAAUAAGUUUGUGCUGCAAUUGGUAAAAUAUUUGCUCAAGCAUGCAGCCAUGCUAAAAGAGUUUGUCAUUGCUUCCACAUACCAAUGGAUGUCUCCGGAGUAUCGUAAAAUGGCACAAAAGCUCUUAAGCUUUCCAAUGUCCUCUCCGCACGCUUCAGUUGUCUUUUCUGACAUAUAACCUUUGUCCCUUACAACAUACCUUACUAACAAUGUGUUUAUGCUCUAAACAGCAAGAAAGUUUGUCGUAAAUGUUUUAUUGACUUAUACUCAUUGUUUGUGAGAAUAGUUUUUCAAGAUUCAGUUAUGUGUCCAAGGGCUUUGUUUUUGUUGGCCUAUGUUAUUUUUAAUUGGUGGAAUGAUUAUUUCUCGACUUGGACAGUGAAUGACCUUAGGAGGGAAGCAAGGCAGUGGAACCUUGUCCCAGCAUGUUUUCUGGGGUAUUACAAAAGGAAAGAAAUAGCAUGUGUAUAUCUGCAGAGUUCAUAUUAGAUUAGUUUGUAUCAGAACUUUUAUGUUAUUGAAGACUUUAUGAUAAUCUGUAUGGUAAAUUGUUGAGUCC